GCAUUCGGAAAUCAAGGUAAAUGAUGGUAUGAAAUUUCUGAAUUUGGUUCAAAUUAUUCAACAUUAGAUCGAAGUAUCAAAGAUUACGUUAGAUCAUGGGAGAUGCACCUAGCCCCUCAGUGUUGUACUUUGACCCAAAGAAACCUACAGAAAAUUUUGCACGACUCUGUCAGUUCUUAGUGACAAUAUGCAGUGACGUCAUGAGAGAUAUUCUCAGCCAUUAUAUAAAGCCAGCCAAUCUAAGAACAGAGUUGGACAAAAGUAGAUCAAAACUGGAAAAAAUAACAAAUAAACAGGAAAAGGACUUGGUGUAUCCUCCACAUUCAUCUACCAGUAACGUUCCGCUAAUAAGAUCCAGAGAUCUUGAUUUAUCAUUACUCUACAAAAUUUUGCGCAAUUUGUGCAAUAUUCCAACACAUAUAGCUGGUUGGGGAAAUCAACCUCGUCCAUCUGACUUUUCUUUGGCUGCAUGUAUAGAAAGAAUCCGCAUUUUACGUAAUUCCAUCUCUGGACACUCUACCAAUGGUACUGUUGAUGAUGUGGAGUUUGAGGAUUACUGGAGAGAGUUAAGGAGGUCGGUUGUUGAGAUUGAGAGAGAAGUCACUGGUAGCGAUAGAUAUGAAAGAGGAAUAGACCAUUUAUAUGACUGUGAUUUGAAUCCGACCAAAUCAAAGGAAUAUGUGGCCCAAAUUAGGAGUUGUUCAGGUAAAUAAAAU